ACCUUUGACCAACCAGAGGCGGUCAAUCAGCUGACGUUGUCACGUGACUCGAGUUGGAAGGCUAGCUAAACCGCUUCAGAGCGAGUGGUCGCUCAGCGAAAAUGUUCGCCGAUUUAUAGAAAAACAUCGCAAAAAAUGAGUGAAGCCUCGGCGCUCCCCGGCUCCACGUCGACCGAAGGACCUCUUCAGCAGAGACUGUAGAGCGGCGGAGAGCCUCAGCUGCAGUCAUGCAUCCCUUCGGCUGCGAGGCGGAGACGUCCCUCCAGGACCUGUUCCAGUACUUCCAGGGGGCGCUGCAGCGCGGGGAGUGGGAGCUGGCGAGCGCCUGCGUCCCGCAGCUGCUCAGCUCCUCGGGAGGCCUUUCGGAGAGGCUGAAGGACAUAAUCAAAGCCGUCAUCUGCCAUCCUCACAGUCUGAGAUGGGAGUCUGUCGGCAGUCCUCACAGGCUGGCCUGGUUUUGGCUGCAGGUGUUGGAAAAAUGGACAGAAGAGAAGAUUCCUCCACAGACCAGACGAGAGCUGGAGUUCCUGCUGCUGCUGGAGAAGCUGAGCUUGGAGGGGAUACCGGAGACCCUCCUCCAGGAUCUACAUCGGACUUUCUCCUCCUCGCCGUCCUGUGGCGGCGGUACGGCGGCGUCUGCGGAGUCGUGUCUGCGGACGCUGCUGCAGAAGAAGAAGCCGAGGCUCGCUCAGACGUUAGCAGAGUUCCUACAGGAUCGGACGGGCCCUGAAGGCAUCACGCUGCAGCACGUAUUCAUCCAACACCUGAUGAGGAAGCUGGAAAGGCCUGAGAAGGUGGAGGUAGAGGAGUGGGCGGAGGACAUCUACGCCGUGCUGGCUCUGAUGCCGUGGAAGUCCGGCGGUGGCGGCGGCGGGCAGCUGGAGGCGCUUUGUGAAGCCCUGUGGGCCGCCAGGGCGGGGCCUCUGAAGGAGGAGAGGAUCCUCAGCUGCCUGAUCCGGCCGCGGUGCCACAGCCUGGUCUCCAUGUACUGCAGCACGGCCGUGAGGCUGCAGAGGGACCUCCUGCUGAGGAGCUCACCUCCGACGCGAGCUGACCUCCCUGAAGCGGAGAAGCUCUCUCUCAGUCUCUGCCGUCACCACGACCGUCCUUCCGCCUGGAAAACCAUCUUCUUCGAGUGCCUCAGCAGCGGGAAGCACUUCCUGGAGCAGGUGUUGGUCACGGCGCUGGACCUGAUCAAACACCAGGAGUUCUCCGAGCUUCAGGCUCUGCUGCAGCUGGAGUUCCAGCCGCUGUCGCGCCUCCUGCUGCUGCUGGGAUGGACUCAGAGCCGCAGCCUGGACUCGGCCCGGACGCUGCUCAGGAUCCUGCACGGGGAACAGGCUGCAGCCAGCGACUCGGUGCUGCAGGAGUUUGCGGACCUGCUGUCGUCUCAGCUCGCCGUCCUCGAGUGGUGUAAAAACAACAACCCGGGCGUGUCCACAGAGGCGCUGCUGUCGCAGCUCCACACUCUGGACAGCCACUCGGCUCUUUACAUCCUCCACUCUCUGACUCCGCUCACCCACUUCGAGGAACGGCGGAUAUUAGAGCUGCUGCAACAACCGCCGUCCGGAGCAGCAGGGGAGCUGAGGCCGGCCGCGCACAGGAACGUCCGUCUGUUCCAAGGCUUCUGCGCCAUGAAGUACGCCGUGUACGCGGUGUGUGUGAGCGCACACCGACACGCCUCCUGCGGCGAGUGUGUGUCCGUGCUGCAUCAGCUGCUUCCAGACGCAGGAAUGGACCGGAACACGACGUCCUCCGAAGGUUGCCGUUUGCUGUUUCAGCUCUACCUGUCGGAGUGUCAGCUCUACCUGGAGGCGGUUCCCGCCAUGUUCCGCCUGGAGCUCCUGGAGAACAUCUUCUCCCUGCUCUUCCUCUCCUCCUGGGACUUCCAGUCCAUCUCAGACAGCUCAUCAACCACAGGAAGUGAGAUGGGUCAGACGGAAGUCGGCUGCUGCGAGAACCAGAAGCUUCCGCUUGCGGCGGCUCACCGCGGUCACCUGGAGCUGGGACACUUCGUCCAGGGCUGCAGGGGCUUCCUGGUGGACGUGACGGCCAUGGAGGGCUUCCUGAAGCUGCUGAAGAAGGCCUUGGACGGCAUAAAUGGGGUGGGGGAGGGGCCUCAGGAGGCGGAGGCGGCGAGUCUGGGCUGCUCGGUGACUCCUGAGACGUUCGAGUCCCGCCGCCAGAGGUUGUCCAAACGCACCGCCGAGGCUCAGUGGAGGCUGCAGAUCGUCACCAGCAACCAGGGCGUGGCUGAUGGUUCAGGAAACGCCACUCCGAUGUCCGGACUGGAUUCUGCUGCUCCUCCUCUGGAACGCAGCCGGAGCUCCAGCCAGAGGAGGAGGAGGAAAGUGUCGCGGCUCGCCGCCGAGCGGCAGACCUCCACGGAACAGCCCGGCGGGGAGCUGGGCGCCUCAGAUGGUGCUGGGGGGGCGGAGCUUUGCCCCUGCGGGGGUCCUCACAACUGGCUGGUUCCCGCCAUGCUGGCCCCCCCGGAGUCGCUGCUGAUCUCCUGCAUCCGCCGAGGAAACUUCAUGGAAGCACGUGAGGUGUCGGCGGUGCUGGGUCUGGGCGCCGCCGCCUGCUGCGGCGAGCUGGCCUUCAUGGAGAGCUACAAGGAGGUGCUGGUGGAGCUGGGACGGGUGGAGCAGAAGAUGGAGAGCCAGUCCAUGUCGUCCUCGUCGUCCUCGUCCGAGGGUUUGGGCUCGGCUGCUGGGACCGGCGGUGGGCGGAGCCGGCUGGGGAGCAGCGGCCGGUCCACGCUGCAGGCCAUCGGGAGCGCCGCCGCUGCAGGAGUAGCGUUCUACUCCAUCUCGGACAUCGCCGAGCGCCUCCUCAGCACCCCCGCCCACCCCCUGCCCUCCCUGGAGGAGGGCUACUGGCUGGACGGCUGCCCCCCGGACCCGCCCGGACCGGUGUACGCGCUGCUGGAGGAGCUCAGCCCCGCCGCCAUGGCCGCCUUCGACCUGGCCUGCUGCCACUGUCAGCUGUGGAAGACGUCGCGGCAGCUGCUGGACACGGCGGAGCGCCGGCUCAACGCCAGCCUGGAGGCCCGAGGGAUGAGAGUGGACCCGAAAGCGCCGCGUCCUGAUGGAGUCUGCGGGUUCCCGGUGGUUCUGCAGAACAUCAGCAAGAUCCUGAACCACAAGAGUUCUGCUAAAGCAGAAGCCGGCGGCGGCGGUGACGACGCGGCGUUCUCCAGCCCGUUUGGCUGCUGCAUCCAGGAAGUGCUGCUGUGUUGUCACCCGACGCUCGGCGAGGAGAACAUCUCCGCUCGGCUCAGCCUGACUCAGCGUCUGGAGAGCAUCGUUCAGGUCCUGAGCACGGCAGCCGACGCCGCAGGGGGCAGCGUGGGCGGCGCCCUCCUGGCGCUGCUGGUGGAGCAGGCCGGCCUGAAGCAGUCGGAGCUGGACGCCCAUCCUGUGCGCUCCAACAUGAAGCAGCUGCUCCGCACUCUGGACCAGCUGUGUCCCUUUGAGCCGGAGCUCGGCAGGCCCGAUUACGUGCGCAGUUUUCUGGACUACGUCAACACGCUGGCGUCGGUGUUGGUGCGCUGCCUCGGUUCUGAAGAUCAGACCAACAAGGUGAAGCUCGGAAACCCGAUGCUGGUGUUGCUUCAGGCUCCAUUCCAGCUGGUUUCCCACCUUCUGUUUGAGCGACAGGUGUCUCCUGGCAGAGCCCAGUCCUUGUUGAAGCAGGAGGGGCUGUGCCUGAGCGUCCAGCAGGUGAUCGUGCAGCGCUGCUGUGAGGCUCUGCCCGUCUGGACUUCCUGUUCAGGCGAGGGCGGAGACUCCGGGAUGGAUGCGGGGCCGUUCAGCGUCACUGCACUGUCCCCCCUGCUCCAGCAGCACGUUCAGGAUCUCACGUCCGCUUUCGGGAUCUCCGAUCCUCGCUCCGAUGCGAGCUCCGAGUCUGAAGUCUCCGUGGACGACCACUCCACCACGCCCAGCAGCCUCUCCACCUCCCCACCCUCCCAGUCAACAUUUCCCUCCUCCAGUUCCUUCCUCCUGACGGCUUCGGCUCUGUCCUUCCUGAAGUCCUGCUCGCCUCUUCUCGCCGCGCUCUCGUGCUUGAGCGCCUGCAGAGGAGAAACCGCCAAAACGCAGUCGUCCGGAUGGUCCGGAUACUUCCGCAGCGGCCGCAAAGACGUGGUCCUGGACGGCGAGCAGCUUUAUCGAGAAGCAGACGGUCUCCUGAAGGAGUUCCCUGUCCUGCGGGCUUAUCUCCAGACCAUGGUGGAGCCGCUCCUGGACUCCUCCUCCUGGGAAGGAGAAGGUUCUGCUGGACUGGGAGCUCUGAUCUGUGGGAAACCCAUCGUCGGCCUCCUCCUGUCUGGGCCUCAGGACGAGGCCACGCAGGCUCUGGCGGCGGAGGCCUUCGAGAAGGCCCUCAUCUCUAGAGACCUGAGUCGAGCCCUGAGUCUGCUGGAGCUGUACGGACGAGGCUCCGGCCAGGAGAGGGCGCUCCGAGACCGCCUGCUGGCCUGCUCCGCUUUGGAAGAUGGAGACGAAGGUCCGGCUCACCUCUUCAGAGUGCAGGACCCUGACCUGCGGGCCCGGGUCACGCUGCGGGCCCUGGAGCAGUGGCCUCUGGCCGCCUGCCUGGAGCUGAUGGAGUUCUGCCUGAACGACCCGGACACAGAAACCGAGCUGAGAUCGGAGCUGGAGCUGAAGCAGAAGGAGCUGAGCGUCUACCACCAGAUGAUGAGUUUACAGCCGCCCCCGCCCGGGUCAACGUGGCAGGAGCUGAGGGCGGAGUCCAAAGCAAACCCGGAGGCCGUUCUGUCCAUCCUCCUGGAGACGAAAGAGUUCGCUCUGUGCGAGCAGUGGGCGGGGCUUCAUCCGGUGUCGGAGCAGCUGAGGCUGCAGCUGCAGACGGAGCAUCUCCUCCAUCUGCUGGAGAAAGGACAGGCGGACGAGGCUUUUCAGCUGCUGGAAGCCGUGUCCGACUCGGAGGGUCUGGAUGUUUGUGAGCGCGCUCUGGAUCGCCGCCCCGGCUUGGCCGCGUGCCACUUCCUGUCCGAUUACCUGACCGUUCACUUUCAGAGACAGGUGUCUCCAGCACGCCGGCGGCACAUCGAAGCUCUGCAUCUGGGAUCGAAGGUGCUGCUGACUCUGCCCCCAGCCGCCCGGCAGGACUACUUCCCGCUGCUGUCGGAGCCCAUGCUGAUCCUGGAGCAGCUCCUGAUGAACCUGAAGGUGGACUGGGCGGAGGUGGCGGUGCGGACGCUGCGCAGCCUGCUGGUGGGUCAGGAGGCGGGCUUUGGCGCCGAGGACGUAGAUAAGCUGCUGGCGGACUACGCCUGCAAGGCUCUGGACUUCUCCUGCGCUCCCAGAGAGCGGUCUCGCUCCGACUCUGUCAUCAGCCUCCAGGACUCCCUGCUGCAGUGUCCCGCUCACGAGACCGGCUCCCAGUCGUCGGGACAGAUGGAGUCUCCGGCGUCGUCUUCACACAGCACCCCCACCCACUCCACCAGCAGCUCGGACAGGGACCGCGGCUCCGUGGCCCGGAAGCGGCUCUCCGCGGCAAAGUUCCAGCCGCCGGAUCAGCCGCCGGCCGAGAAGGACUGGGUCCCCGACUCGCAGCAGGACGUGUGCAUGGUGUGCCGGCGGGAGAGGUUCACCAUGUUCAACAGGCGCCAUCACUGCCGGAGGUGCGGCCGGCUGGUUUGUCAGGCGUGCUCCGAGCGCCGGAUGUUAGUGGAGGGACAUCCGGGGGAGGAAGUGCGAGUCUGCGACCAGUGUUACUCCUUCUUCCAUGCAGACUCUGAAAGCGAGCUGGAGUCUCCUGAAGUGGUCGGAAACUCUGCAGAAACGCAGCCGGAUCUGGACGGGAUGCUCCAUCUCCCGGAGGUGGUCCAUCGGCGCUUCCAGCUCAGCACCAACCCCGCCGAGAACCAGCUGCUGCGCAGCGGCUUCUACUACGAGCAGGCUCCCAGUGCGCACCUGUGCGUGGCCAUCCUGUCUCUGCACAGCGACCAGACCGCCUGCGGGCGCCAGCUCAUCGCUCACUGCCGCGCUCUGUCCCGUAAGCUGACCAACCCGGAGGUGGACGCCGGCCUGCUCACCGACGUGAUGCGGCGGCUGCUGUUCAGCGCCAAGGUGAUGUUCGUCAAAGUCAGCCGCAGUCAGGAUCUGGCGCUCUGUGACAGUUACAUCAGUAAAGUGGACGUCCUGAAAAUCCUGGUGACGGCCAACUACAAAUAUAUUCCUUCUCUGGACGACAUCUUGGAGACGACGGCGGUGGCGCGUCUCCGUAACCAGCUGCUGGAGGCUGAGCAUUACCAGCUGGCGGUGGAGGUGUCCACCAAGAGCGGCCUGGAUCCCGCCGGCGUGUGGCAGGCGUGGGCCACGGCGUCUCUGAAGGCCGGGAACCUUUCAGCGGCGAGGGAGAAGUUCACUCGCUGCCUGAAGGCCCCGGUGGACCGAAACCAGCUGAGUCUGGGUCCUCCGCUGCUGCAGGAGGUCGUCCAGCACCUGGAGAACGACCUCCGACCUUCUCCGUCGACGGCUUACGGGGAGGACGUUCUAGCAUCUCUUCGAGAGCUGGAGGGCGCUCUGAGGGAGAAUUCGUCCGUCGAGCGGCACGACCACACGGCGGCGGCGAGCGGCAGCCUCAACCCGGAGUGCCUCUACUACCUGAGCGCAUACGGCACUCACCUGGCGCUCAUCAGCUUCUACAUGCGGCACGACUGCGUGACAGAGGCCGUCACGUACCUCAUCAAGAAGGACUGUCCGGAUGAGGUCUUCCUGGAGGGGGUGCUGCAGCCCACUCUGGAGCGGGGGCGGCUCAGCGUGCUGCAGGGAGUCCUGGAGAAGCUGGACCCCGGCCUGGAUUCCUGCGUCCGCUACCUCAUCGCCUCCUGCCAGUUCCUGCAGCGCCGCGGCUUCUACCACUCUCUGUACCAGCUGCAGCAGUUCAUGAUGGAUCACGUGCGAGCCGCCAUGACCUGCAUCCGAUUCUUCACUCACGGAGCCGCCUCCUACGUCCAGCUGGGGGAGCAGCAGCGCUGGUUGGUGAAAGCCAAAGAACACCUGAAGGCGUACCUGCAGGAGCAGCAGGGCCGCGGCGCCGGGAGGAAAAGGUCGUCGGUCAUCUCCUUCAGGAAGACGAUGUCCUCCAGCGACGUGUCCAGACACGUCAACACCAUCGAGCUGCAGCUGGAAGUCACCCGCUUCCUUCACCGCUGCGAGAGCGCCGCGUCGUCCAAGUCGACGCCGACCGGCGCCACGAAGCCGUCCGCCUCCCCGCCGACGCUGUUUGGAGGAACGCCCAUGAAGGUGGAGGUGGCUUGUAAGGUGAUGCUCGGAGGGAAAAACAUAGAGGAAGGCUUCGGCAUCGCCUACAGAGUCAUCCAGGACUUCCAGCUGGAGGCCCAGGUGGUGUACGUCCGGGCGGGCCAGAGGCUCAUCCGGCAGCGGCAGUUCUCCUCGGUGCGGCAGCUGCUGAAGUGCGUGGGAGAGUCCGGCUCGGCCACCAGGAGCGACUGCGACGCGCUCCUCCUCAGCUGCGUGUCCGCCGCAGAGAAGGCGCCGGCGGACGCUAAAGAUCUGGAGAGUCUUGUUCUGGAGAUCAAGAGCUCAGAGAACAAGAUCAAAGGCUACCUGCUGUGCAGCAAGCUGCGGCCGGCGUACCUGCUGGCGGUGAAGCUGGAGCCGGGCCAGGCCGGCCCUCUGGUCCAGGAGGUCCUCCAGGCGGCCGAGGAGGCGCAGGACUCGGUGAUGCAGAACAUCUGCAGGCAGUGGCUCUCCGAGCACAGCAAGUCACCUCGCCAGGGCCGACCCAACGGCAGGUAAAGACCGAUGAUGUCGUCCAACAUCUGUCGCCUCCUUACAGAGGAUAACCGAGAAUAACACCACUAACCCUCAAAGAAGUGAAGGAACAGUCGUGGCAAAAACCGAGACACGUUUUAAGGUUACCUCCACACAAGGUGCAUGCCGGCGACUAUGAAGGAGCUCUGAUGGAACGCCCGGAAGUGACGGACCUCCAGAGUCCAGAGCUCAGAGCGCUUUGCUUCUGUGAAGCUGAGAAUCACCGCUGUGCUUUACUCAGAACCUGCCAUAUUUAAGACCUCCUUCCUACCUCAGCCUAAAGGAGGAGGAGCUCUUUACCCGGAGACGUCCAGAAGAACGGGAUGUGUCUUUCCUGAUGCUUUCACGCGUGACAUUGGUACAAACCUCAAACCUGACUCCAUAGGAUGCAUUUGAAGUGAACUCCUCCUUCACCUCCAUCGACCCCAGAAGAUCUCAUAAAGGGAAGCUGACACUCGUGCCUCGCUGCCGCGUCUGCCGCCGCGUCUCCCGACUCGUCCCGCUGCUGCGCUGGUUUGUGUCCGGGACGCGUUUCCCUGAAGGAUUCGAUGCAAACGGAGACGGAUCUCCUGAACUCUCAUCACUGCCGCACUUUAUACUGAAAGAGAAACCCGUGGAGAAGCCUGCGGAGCGGCGGCCAGAUUUUAGCCUCGUUUUCUUAAUCACCUGUGAUGUAGAAGACUAAAUAAAAUAUAUACAAGACUGACA